AUGAUCGACGAUCAAGACUUGGGGUUUAUAGUCAAUUUUCUUGGCGUCUCCAUCUUCGCCUUGGUAAUUGCUUAUCAUUACGUAGCUUCUGAUCCCAAGUACGAAGCGACUUGA